CUUUCCACAGUACAAUACUGGCAUUGGCUGGCGAGCGGAGCCGCCUUGGAUAGUUCACACCCCCGGGGCACCCUAAAAUGUCGACAACAGCAAAAAAGGUCAAGAAGGACCGACUAUCUCUUGGGGGAACCUCGAUCCCAAAGAAGAAGCAUGUGAAGAGUUCCCAGUUCAAACUGAUCACAGCAAAGCUGUACGUUCACCUUCCACCGGCUUUUGUUGGCAAUGAGGAAGAGGGUGUGUCAGAGCACCUCAGCAAAUUUCUUAUGCGAUACGUACCGGAAGUCGACGGUGUUGUUCUCGCGUACUCUGACGUGGAGGUGCUUGAAGACUCAGCGCGCAUCCUCUACGAUAGUCCAUUUAUCCACUUAUAUGUCCGAGCAAAACUUCUUACCUUUUCCCCCUCACUGAAGGCCAACUUGGUUGGCGUUGUGAACAAAGUCUCCCCUGAUCAUAUUGGUCUUCUCGUCCAUGGUGUUUUCAACGCAUCGAUACCUGCCGAUCAGAUACGCCGUAAAGAGUUUAAGUGGGAUGAGAAUGCAGCAGGAUGGAGGCGAUCGCGUGGUGCAGACGGGGAGGAGAUGGUAGUGGGACCAGGCUCCGUCAUCAGAUUCACAGUCACAGACCUUACAAAGGCGAAGGAGAUGUUGACAAUAGUGGGAUCACUUGUCACGGAUCCCGACAACACCGGGGUUAUUGUAUCACCCGAUCUUCCACCAGCACCACUUCCUGAGCUCCAUGAAGAAGAGGAGGAAGACUUUGGCGUGACGCCAAUGGAUGGGGUCGAAGAGAACGGAGAGUCACCGAAACCUGAAGGAACACCAGAUAUAACUAGCUCUCAAGCAACCCCAAGACCAACUGCAACAUCUGCAAAGCUAACCCCCGCAUCAGCUAAGAGGAAGCGCACCCAAGUGGAAGUGGAAGAAGAUGAGAAGAAACCUCUAACACCCACAGCCGCGCACAUCGAAGCUGCUGAGGAACAGGAGACGCCGUCACAGAAGAAACCUAAAAAGAAAAAGCAGAAAAUAAAGGAGGAAGGAGAGACAGUACAAGUGAAGAAGGAGGAGGAGGAGAGUGAUGGUGCGGAGAAGGAGAAAGGAAAAAAACGAAAUACCAGAGGAAAGCGAGAAGGCAGAACACCGAAAAAGGAGGCGAAGGAGGCGCCGGUUGAAACUGGGGCUGCAACAUCCGACGACAAACUGGUAGUAAAAUCAGAGGGAGAGACAAGCGCGAAGAAAAAGAAGAAGACUAAGACGGAGAAAAGCUGAAUUUCCAAAGCUAACCAGCUCCAGAUAGUGUCGGCGCGAGUACGGUGCUGGUCGUAUAUUUGCGCCGUGUAACAUACGGUGAAUAGAAUUGUCCUUAACAUGCUAUUUACAAUCACUCUCCA